CGUCCCGUCCCGCGGGAGCUGCCGGCGCGGCGCCUCCGAGCCACGGCCCCGCCGCGGGGCUGGGGCUGAUGGGGCCGAUGGGGCCGCUCGGGCUGCUGCUGCUGCUGCUGCACGGUGCCACCACCAGGCUGGAGGAGAAGCUCACCCAUGUUGAGGAGUACGAGACAGUGACACCGCGCAAGGUGCCGGUGCUCCAGAGGAAGAGGGACCUCUCUGUGCCACCGAGCACCUACCCGGACCAUGUCCUCUACAGUGUCCGUGCUGAAGGCAGGGACUACCUCCUGCGGCUGAAGAAGAACACGGAGCUGCUGGGGCAGCACUACACCGAGACACACUACUUGGCCAAUGGCACAGAGAUCACGGAAAAGCCGGACAUCCAGGAGCACUGCUUUUAUCAGGGUCACGUGCAAGGAUACGCUGGCUCAGCGGCGAGCAUCAGCACCUGCAGCGGGCUCAGUGGGUUUUUCCGGGUGAAUGAGACCACCUUCCUGCUGGAGCCCCUGGAGAAGGAUGCGACUGGCCAGCAUGCGGUGUACAGAGCGGCUCACCUGCGGGGCAAGCGCGGCACAUGCCGAGAGUCCAGUGCAAUCCUGGAAUAUGACCAUGAACCGAAAAAUCCUGCAGCCAUGAAGCUCCACCGCUGGAAGUUACCACCCUUACACAGAAGUCUCCGGUAUGUGGAGCUGGUCCUGGUUGUGGACAACGAGGAGUUCAGGAAACACAAGGAUUUGCGCACAGUGCAGAACCGCAUGAAGGAAAUCGUGAACCAUGUUGACAAGCUUUAUCAGCCUCUUCGUCUGCGGGUGGCCUUGAUUGGCUUGGAGGUAUGGAGCCAUAAGGACAAAAUCGUGGUCAGUCCCGACCCAGAGGUGAUGCUGAACAACUUCCUCCACUGGCGGGAGGUAGAGCUGCUGCGGAAGAAGCCACACGACAAUGCCCAGCUGAUCACGGGCAUAGACUUCCAUGGCACAACUGUAGGGCUUGCCAAGAAGCUUGUGAUGUGCACCAGGGACUCAGGUGGCAUCAACCAGGACCACAGCAUGAAUCCUAUAGGUGUUGCGUCCACCAUGGCUCAUGAGAUGGGGCACAACCUGGGGAUGUCUCAUGAUGAAGAUGUUGCUGGCUGCCACUGUCCUGUCCCCAAAGCUGAUGGAGGAUGUGUCAUGGCAGCGAGUGUUGGCUUGGUUUACCCCAAGCUCUUCAGCCGCUGCAGCGAGCAGGACAUGUGGCAGUUCCUUGGGGACCCCAGGACCAGCUGCCUACUGAACGUCCCUCGGACUGAUGAGCUGUAUGGGGGACCGGUGUGUGGGAACCAAUUUGUGGAGCGAGGAGAGCAGUGUGAUUGCGGCACACUGGAGGAGUGUUCCAACCGCUGCUGCAAUGCCACCACUUGCCAGCUGAGAGAGGGAGCUGAAUGUGCCCAGGGGGACUGCUGCCAGGACUGCAAGGUGAAGACUACUGGUGUGCUUUGCCGGGCCAGUAAGAACGACUGCGACCUGCCCGAGUACUGCACCGGCCUCAGUGCCGAGUGCCCAGAGGACGUCUUCCAGGAGAAUGGCAUCUCCUGCCAGAAUGGCAACGGCUACUGCUACAAUGGGGCUUGCCCCUCACACGGCGAACAGUGUCGUGCACUCUGGGGUGCAGAGGCCCAGGUGGCUCCUGACAUCUGCUUUAAGCACAACAGUGAGCAACACCUUCACCUCCACUGCCUCACCGAGUAUGGGAAGCAGCCCUGCAGCCCCAAGGAUGUGAAGUGCGGCACGCUGCUGUGCCUGAGUGACAACGCCAGCCCUGUACUCGGUGGUGGCUCCUACUCCCUCUUCUUCGGCCGCUUCAAGUGCAAGGCGGUCAUUGCCAGCAACGACGUCAAUGAGGUGGUUGCCAAGCUCAGGCUGGUACCCACUGGUGCCAAGUGUGGAGAGGAGAUGGUCUGCUAUGCCGGGCGUUGCCAGAACAUCCUAGUCUACGGCAACAAGAACUGCUCAGCCAAGUGCAACAACCAUGGGGUGUGCAACCACAAGCGGGAAUGUCACUGUGACCCAGGCUGGGCAGCGCCCUACUGCGAGCAGAAGCUUUCAGGGAUGGUGGCAGGGAGCAGCAGCGUGGUCUUGGCAGCUGUGCUGGCCGUGUUGGCACUGUCUGGCGUCCUGCUCGGCAGCGGAGUUGUGCUCAUCCGAGGAAGGAAGAUGAGGCACUUGCAGAAAGGGAGGAGCUCCAGCGGCCCUGCUGCCGGCCUCGCCAACCCGCUCUUCCAGGAGGGUGGCCGGACGCGCCCCACACGCCGCCAGCUGUCCCGCUGUGACAUCGGGCACCCCAGCCUGCUCAGCAGCACGGCGGCCCCGCGGGACACCCGGCCGCUGGCGCCCUGCCGCCCGGCCCCACAGGUAAGGGCACGGAGCAGAGCCCCGGUGCGGGGGCAGCUCUUGCCGCGCAGGCGUGAGGGUGGCCUCUCACACCCUGGGUUUUGGCUGACCCCGCAGCCACCGGCAGCAGUUGCCCAGGUGACAUCUCCAGCCUUUCCAGGACGGCUCCUGCAGGCAAGGGACUUGGGUCUCCUCUCCUCCCUCCAGGUGAAGCCAAAGCCACCCAGCAAGCCUCUCCCAGCACUGAAGAGCAAGGUCCUGCCCCGUGGUGGGUCACCAGAACCAGCCCUCCCUCGCCCCCUGCCAACACCCCCCUCAGUCCCUCAGCCGGGCAUCCCCCCAAAGGUGGCUCUGAAGCCGCCCUCGGCCAGGAGGUGACUGAGGAUGCUUCAUUCGUCGCUGCGGCUGAGGACCUGCUGGCUCUGGCGCUUGGGUGGCACAGCUGGGAAGCUGCUGUCACUCUUCCGCCCUUACUUGAAUCAUUCGUCCAGGGAGAGCACCAGUGUUUACAGAUAUUCGAGUUGUGCCUUAACAGACCUUGUAGCCUCAGGGCUGGUCCAGGGAGAGCCACCAGCUGGGACUUUGUGAAACCAGGAGUGGGGACAAGCCGUCUGGUUUUUAGGCAAGCCCUGAGUUAGUGUGGGCUCUCCUGUGUCCCAAGAACUGCUGCCUUCUCUCCUGCCUGGCUGAAUGGCCUGCUCCUCCUGCCCUUCCUGCCGGGCCUGGGGCAGGAGCUCUGGGCUUGACACCGGUGUCCUCCCACAGGAGGAGCGCUGCACGGUGGGGACCAUGCCCCUGAGCCACUGCCACCUGGGGACCGCCACACAUGGCUUCCCCACAGGGCUUUUCUCUCUGAAGUUAUGGCUUGAAUGUUCUGAAAGGGAUUUUCCUGUGAGCCUUUUUACUGCCGUCGUUAACUUAUGACCCUUCUGUAACGGUUUUGAGCAGCUUGCUGUGAAACCAGGCCUCCCCUGUUUUUGAUACAAUUUAGGUUGAAGGCUUUUGUACCAAUAAAGA